CAGAGAUAUAAAAGGAAUCGUUUAUACUUUUUUGGAGUUUCAGGUUCGCUUACUGAGAAACAUGGCAAAGGUGGACGAUUGCAGAAAAAACGCAACACCCACAAGAUGAACCCUGAAGAAGUAAGAGCAGCAGGCGUGGAAGCAUCCAAGAGGCCACCAGGCCACCACCCAGGUGAAGUGCUGCACCAGAGACGCCAGCUUCCCGCCACCAUGACUACCAUCACCAUUGGCGGCCUCGUCGUCACUGCCGCCGUAGGGUACUCCGUGUUGUACUACAGAAAAAAGCGUGAAGCCACUGCCCUUGAUGUUGCCAAGGUAGCCACAGGGGUUGCUGACCCUGAGGACACCCAUCCCAGGAAGUAGUAUGUGUAAUAACUAGUUCUAAGUGCAAUUUUCUUUCUAAUAGUGUUCUUCUUGUUGUUCAUGCAUGCAAGAAGAAAAUUAGUUAAAACUCCUUCCUUGUAACGUCAAGAACUCCGCUGUUAUGAUACAGAAAGAUUUUUCUUUCUUUAUUUUUUCUUGAUAAAUAUCAUACAGAAACUUGAACUACAUCAAAUCUCACAAAAUAUUCAAUUUACGUUCUCCAAUAGCACAAAACUCCAUUGAACUAAGUCAGGAAGGUUGUAGAACAAAGGAAGAUGAACAAAGCCCAGGAGCCUGAGGUGAGGUACGACCUCCACCACCAUUGGUGAUCCUUUCUGCAUAAGUGGAAGUAGCAGAGAUACACAAUGGUUUAUUUCAGCACAGAUGAUGAAGAGGAUAAUGAAGACCAGAAGAGGAAGCCAUAGACGUAGAAUAAUUGAUUCAGGGGAGAACAAAAAAACGGUUCAUUCAAAACGGCUCCAAAAGGAAGUAUUCCUCCAAUCGGAACUAAGAAAACCGGGUUCAUAUACCAAGCUCUCUCAGGGAUCUGUCUUGGGAUGCUAUGUGUCUUCACAGGAUCCUCAGUUACUGAUUUGUGGCUCCGUAGGGGUACCUGGCUUCCUUGCCGCCGUGGCACGGGGGCAGUCGGGUAGCUUACUUGCAAUAAUUCCAUAGCUGCUAC